AUGAUUGGCGGAAUUGGGGGUAUCGAUUACCGGCAAAGACAAAAGCAGCCCCAGCUUUGUUGUUUGCUGCUGCUUCGUCUACGAGGGGCGGCUCUCGGAAUCGGAAUUGUCCUGUGCUUAGACGCGAUUCUGCUCUGCGGGGGUCAAAAGCCAAUCAAUCUUGGCGGCGUUAAACGACGGGACGUUUAUAUCGCCGGGUUCUUUCCCUAUGGGAGGCACGUGCCUGAAAGUCACAUCGGACGUGGGGUAAUGCCCUCCGUAAAGCUUGCUGUAGACCAUAUCAACGACAAUCCAGCUAUUCUCAGGAAUUAUCGAUUGCACAUGUGGUGGAAUGAUACCGAGAGUCCUAUUUGUGGACUAAACCAAUUUUUGGUUAAGACGACAUGGUGA